AUGGCAGGACGCUCACAUCCUCUAGUACGCGGAGCUCAAUCCUCCUCAUCCAUAUUGGUGAAUAGCUGUCAGCGAGGAAACCCUGUGCUGCAAUAUAUCAAAGGCGUGGCUUGGGAAUAUGCAGAUAUUGUGCCUGACUACCAGGUCGGACUGUCGAAUGGCGUGCUAUUCUUGAGCUUGCGGUACCACCGUCUUCAUCCUGAAUACAUUCAUACGCGUAUCCAGAAGUUAGCACAUAUGUACACUCUACGAGUGCUACUGGUUGUCUGUGAUGUGAAUGAUCAUCAACCGGCUAUACGUGAGCUGACCAAAAUUGCUCUGAUUAAUCGAAUGGUAAUGAUGGUUGCCUGGAGUGCUGAAGAGGCGGGUAGGUACUUGGAGAUGUACAAAGCCUUUGAGCAAAAACCACCCGACGUGAUUCGUGGCAAGACGAAGCAAGAUUACAUGAAUGUAAUGCAAUCCGUUCUUACCAACGUUCGCGGGAUCAACAAAACCGAUGUUUGGACACUUUCGUCCAGUUUUAAGUCCUUCGCGGAUUUAGCCAUGCAACCGCCAGAAAAGUUUCUUAUGCUGCCCGGCAUGGGCGACAUCAAAGCCAAGAAUCUGGCGCGGGCCUUUCGUGAACCGUUUCAAGCAGAGAAAGCAACAUCCCAUAAGCAAAUUAGUGCUUCAACUUUUGCUGGCGAUCUCCCCACGAAUGAAUUGUCUGUUGGUUCCCCUGAUAAGAAUGAUGCAGUCGAACACGUUCACGAAUCAACUGCUUCCGAUGGUGCGAUUAUGGACUCCCUUCCUAGCAACUUUGAUACCCUAAGCGAAGAGGAGCAGCUACGCAUUGCCCUGCAGCUUAGUAUGGACGGGCAGGUAUAA